CUGGAGCAGAGGCUGCCGGGAAGGCGGCAUGGCCCAAUAGCGGUGUGCGGCCUGCGCCUCGCGGGAUGGUGGCGGCGGCCGAGAAUUAUGGACCCGACCUUAUUGAGAGAGCGAGAGCUGUUCAAAAAGCGUGCCCUCUCCACACCGGUGGUAGAGAAACGUCCACCGCCGUCUUCAGACUCCUCUUCCUCAAAAAAGAAGAAAGCUAAGGUAGAACAAAGUGGCUCCUCAAGCUCGAAACAAAACACAGAUCACAGCAAUGGAUCAUUCAACUUCAAGUCCCUUUCAGGAGGCUCUGGCUACAAGUUUGGAGUUCUUGCUAAAAUAGUGAAUUACAUGAAGACUCGGCACCAGCGUGGUGACACACAUCCAUUAACCUUAGAAGAGAUUUUGGAUGAAACACAGCAUUUAGAUAUUGGACUGAAACAGAAGCAAUGGUUAAUGAGUGAGGCUCUAGUCAACAAUCCAAAAAUAGAAGUUGUAGAUGGGAAGUAUGCUUUCAAACCCAAGUACAACUUGAAAGAUAAAAAGGCUCUGCUCAGGCUCUUGGACAAGCAUGACCAGCGAGGGCUGGGAGGAAUCCUUUUGGAAGAUAUCGAGGAAGGGCUACCCAAUGCACAGAAAGCUAUAAAGGCUUUAGGGGACCAGAUAAUUUUUGUUAAUCGCCCUGAUAAGAAGAAAAUUCUUUUCUACAAUGACAAGAGCUGUCAGUUCACUGUGGAUGAAGAGUUUCAGAAGCUGUGGAGGAGCAUUCCUGUGGAUUCUAUGGAUGAGGAGAAGAUUGAAGAGUACCUGAAACGACAGGGUAUUUCUUCCAUGCAAGAAACUGGACCAAAGAAAAUAGCUCCUAUUCAGAGGAGGAAGAAACCCGCUUCUCAGAAGAAACGUCGGUUUAAGAGUCACAAUGAUCACUUGGCUGGAGUAUUAAAAGAUUACUCUGAUGUCGUUCCCGGCAAGCAGUGACCAGUUGAAAUCUGGAGUAAACAUGCAUUUUUAAUAUAUCAGGAUUUUGCCACUUGGGUUCAGUGUCUGCUUGCAGAAAGACUGACUGUAUAUAGUAAUGUGAUGUGUUUCCCCCACCCCAGCAACUGCCCAGGUGAAACAGGUCGGUUUAAGAGCAAGUAUGAACUACUAAGUUUAGAGUUUAAUUUAAUUACCUAAUGGGAAAUGUGUCUUUAAGUACGAGGUUCUCACUAGUUGCCUUUUGGCAUAGUGGUAAAUGUUGCUCAGCAUGUAAUGCAGGAGUUCCUGUUCAGUGCUUAACUCUGCUUUUACAUUGCUUAAUGGGUAUUUACCUGGAAUUACUUACAAGGGGCUUUCUGGUAGGAUUGAAUACAACAUUUGUUUUACCUAUUUCAGGAAAACCUUUUCCUAAAGUCACUUCAGGCAGGUUUCUGUCAUAGCCAAAUACACCCCUGGUUUGUAGGCUUCUUUCUUGCCAUGAGACUGAGCUUUACUGAGAAUAGGUGAUAUCUGAGGCUCAAAGUCAGGAAAAAAAAAAAAGACAAAAACCCUCUCCCAAAGUCCCAGCAGGCUGCAGGAUGGCAAUGCAGCUGCAGCUUCCUAACGCUAAUCAGAGAUUGCCCUUGGUGAUUUUUCAGCACUGUAGGGGAUGCACAUGUGUUGCACAGUUCUACUCUAUGGGCAGGAGGGAGAUAAAAUGAUAGUGUAAUGCUGAAGCAAUUUCUUUUUGUUUGUUUUUCAGUAAUAAACUUAAUGCUGAUUUCCAGUUUUCCAUCCUUAAACAAUGAGAGAAUCAA